AUGGAUUAUUUACUUCGUAAAAGCAAUUCCAUUGAAUUCGAGAUUCCUGAUGAUGCUGAAGAAGUUCUUACUACAAUGUUUAAAGAAAACGAACAAAGUAACAAAUCAACCAUUUUCGCUAUUGUGACUGAUGUUACAGAGAACUCCAUUAAUGAGCCUCUUAUUACAUCAAAUUCUGCUACUGCUACUGCUGCUGCUACUACCAAUACCCAUACUCAUGAAAUGAGUGAAGCUAAACGAAAAGAAGCUGAAGCUGAUCAAAAUUUGAAAGUUGUUGGUGCUUUGACUGCUAUUGUGAUUACUCUCCACAAGAUUCCCGAAGGAAUUAUCACCUAUAUUGGUUAUGUUGAUGAUCCCGUCAUUGGUCUUACAUUAGCCAUUGGAAUUGCAGCUCAUAACAUUCCCGAAGGUUUGUCCGUUGCUCUUCCCGUCUUUUAUGCUACUCAUAACCGAAGCAAAGCUUUCUUGUGGUGUUUCGCUUCGGGUUUGGCCGAACCAUUCGGAGCCUUUUUGUGCAUGCUAUUCUUACGAAAGUUUAUGAACGAUUACAUCUUUGGUUUCCUUUUUGGAGUAACGGGAGGUAUCAUGACGCAAAUUAGUAUAUGCGAGCUUUUCCCCACUGGAAUUUCUUUUGAAAAUGAUAGGAGCUAUACUUCGUAUGCUUUCUUAUUUGGGAUUGGUUUCAUUCUAAUCUCUUUUAUUUUGUUGUGUCGUGUUUGUUCCAAAAUGGACCUUGUAUGUGCCGAAAAGAGCUUAUAUUGA